GUGCGCGCAGCCGGGCAACAGCGCGCAUAGAGAGAGACGCGCCUCUGAAUGAGAAGCACAGAAGAGAGUUUAUCUUUACACAUACCACAGACACACAGCAGAAGAUAAACAUGGAGUUAUCACUGAUCGCAGCGCAAGUUGAUAAAAGCACUGGGGACCCAAUUAUACCACUUAAACAUGGAAAAAGUCAAAUUUUCAUGCAUUUUCAAGCAGUCAGCGGGGCCUUCAUGGAUUCUCCAUGCAAUGACAAUUCAUCCCAUCAGACUUCCACCUCCAACCUCAAUGCAAACUUCUCCCGACCAGCCGAACAGGAAGAAGAGGGCAAGUUCUCCAGCGAUGCCAUCUGGCUGUGGGUGGCUGUCAUUGCAACUAUCGGCAACAUUGUUGUGGUAGCCGUGGAGACACAGGGGCACACCACCAAACUCAACUUUGCAUUGUGCCUUAGGGAAAUAUCAUUCUGCCCAUCUCAAAUGCUCCAAUGGAAUUUAAAUCUUAUUUUUUCGAGACUAGAAGAAACAUGUUAACCUAAAGGACAUUUGUGUUAUACGAACAAACAACUCAAAACAAAGAGUGCUUGGUUGCUGCCAAAGUGCAAUGGGAACCUGUUUAAAGACACUCAAUGAACAGAGACAUACAGAACGUAUUAUAUUGUUCCAGUGGUUGUCAAUGUGAAAUUUAAAUAAAAAAUAAUUUUAAAGUUCUUUAGCAUGCUUUGCAUUAUAUACAUAGUAUGUCAAUUUUAAACUUUAUUUUUGUCCUUAUUUUUAUUUAAGUUAUUAUGCAUGGGAAAAGCAGUUCAAGAAUACACUUGAGUUUAGUUACAAAAAUUAUCCAGUGAUAAAAUAAAUAUUCAUUAUUUAAUAAUGUAUAACAUUUCAUUUGUAUUGUUAAUUAAUUGCAAAUACAUUUUUCUACAUUGUUAAUAUAAACAUGACAUAGUCAUACAGUAUGAUAUAGUAUUCAUUAAUGCAAUUAUUUUGUUAAAAUUGUUUAUUCAUAUAGUCUCUGUAUAUAUUGUGUCUUUGAUCAUGGCAUUUAAGAUUAUGAAAUAUAUUUUGUUUAAUUACACUGAUACUGUGUUUACCCAUUCGUUUCUUUAAAUAAAUUGUUAAAAGCCUUAGUUCCUGAAGCCGGACCCAUGUUCUUUAGUUUGAUCGAAGUCUGCUUUUGAUGUUAUUUAUCCCAUUUACUUACACAAACAUCUUUCACCAAUAAAUUGAAAUGACUAGCAUAUGUGCAGUCAUAUGGACAUUCACAGAUCUGGUGAAAAAAGGCAGGUCUGUUUUAGCUUGAAAGCUCAGCACAAUGUUUUUUCUUUACUUUCAUGCAUUUGACCUGAAAGGACCUGUGUCCUCUCUCUGACUCUUCUGAUCUGAACGCUUUACCAUCUGCAGGAAAUAAACCAAUUGUGUGAU